AUGGCCUCAGUGUUUGCCAUUAAUGAGAUCAUGGGAAAUCCAAAACUCUUGCCCAAUGUCACUCUUGGGUUUCACAUCUACGACAGCUGCUCCAAUUCAAGGAUAACCUACCGUACUACUCUGGACAUGGUCUGCAAAUCACAUAGUUUUUUCCCUAACUAUCAAUGUGGCAUCCCCAAAAAUCUAAUAGGAGUCAUUGGAGGACUUGAAUCUGACACCUCCACACGAAUGGCAGACAUCUUAGGUCUUUACAAGAUCCCGCAGUUUUCUUACGGCUCCUUUGAACCAGCUGCGAAUGAUCAAAGCAAUUGCCCAGCUUUUUACCGCAUGGUCCCCAAUGAAAUCCUACAGUAUGAGGGAUUUGUCCAGUUACUUGUGCAUUUUGGAUGGACCUGGGUAGGGCUCAUGACAAUGGACACUGAAGCUGGAGAGCAUUUCUCAAAGGUCUUUGAGACCAUGCUUUCUCAGAGUGGAAUCUGUUUAGCAUUCCAGGAAACUUUUCCAAAAAAUGUGCAUUUCAUCGGCAUGGAGGAAAUUGUGACUCUCUUUCUCAACAUUGUCCCAGAUUUCAUGAGGAGCACAGCCAACGUAAUUGUUUUAUAUGGAGAAACUGCAUCCAUUGCAUGGGUGACAGGUAUUAUAUUUGUAAAAACACUAUUUCCUAUAACAGCUGCUGAUUAUGAGUUAAGUUCUAUAGCGAGAGUGUGGAUUAUGACAGCUCAAAUGGAUGUCACAUUGCAUAUAGUUCAAAGGGAUUUUAAAAUGCAAACGCUCCAUGGUGCCAUCUCCUUCGCAAUUCACUCAAAGAAGGUUCAAGGCUUCCAAGAAUUUCUUCAGACUAUCAACCCUCUGAAGGCAAAGGGAGAUGGUUUUAUUAAGGAUACCUGGGAGAAUGCAUUUAGCUGUUCUGUUUCGACAGACUAUGUUGAUGAUCUCUGCACUGGGGAGGAGAGAUUAGACAGCCUUCCUGCAACUUAUUUUGACAUGAGCAUGACUGGCCACAGCUACAGUAUCUAUAAUGCGGUCUAUGCUCUGGCACAUGCCUUACAUAUUACAUACUCAUCAAGAUUCAGUAGAAGAGCAAAGGAGGAUGGGAGACGAUUGGCCCCUCAUAGUGUGGAACCUUGGCAGAUUUUCUCUUUAAUUCAGAGGAUCUCUUUCAACAACAGUAUUGGUGAUGAAUUUAAGUUCAAUGAACAUGGAGAGUUAGUAGCUGGAUUUGAUAUUACAAACUUGAUCACAUUCCCAAAUAAUUCCUAUGUCGGGGUCAAAGUGGGAAGGUUGGAGCCGCAGGUACGUCCCUUCUCCCAGUGUAAUGAAAAAUGUCCUCCUGGUACCAGCAAGAAAAAGAAAGAGGGGGAGAAAUUUUGUUGCUAUGAUUGCACUUCAUGUCCGGAAGGGAAGAUUUCAGACCAGCAGGACAUGGAUUAUUGCAUCAGCUGCUCAGAAGAUCAGUACCCAAAUAAGGGAAAGGAUCACUGCCUCCCCAAAGUCCAGACCUUCCUCUCUUUUGAAGAACAUUUGGGUAUUUCUUUAGCAACACUGGCUCUAUACUUUUCCCUGGUCACAGCUCUGGUACUUGCAGUCUUCAUUAAGCACAGGGACACUCCCAUUGUCAAAGCCAACAACCGAAGCCUUACCUAUAUUCUCCUGAUCGCUCUCCUUCUUUGCUUUCUCUGCUCUUUGCUCUUCAUUGGGCAACCCAAUAAGGUGACCUGCCUGCUCCGACAAACAGCAUUUGGCAUCAUCUUCUCCAUUGCUAUUUCUUCAGUUUUGGCCAAAACCAUUACAGUGGUUGUAGUUUUCAUGGCCUCCAAACCAGGAAGCAUUUUCCGGAAAUGGGUGGGGAAAAGGUUGGCAUAUUCUCUUGUCUUUUCCUGUUCUCUUACUCAGCUAGGCAUUUGUGCUGUUUGGUUGGCCACAUCUCCCCCAUUUCCAGGUCAGGACAUGCACUCAGUGUCUGGAGAAAUCAUUGUGGAAUGUAAUGAAGGGUCAGUCUCCAUGUUCUACUGUGUCUUGGGCUACAUGGGCUUUUUGGCAACCAUCAGUUUCAGUGUAGCUUUCCUAGCCAGAAAGUUGCCAGACAGUUUCAAUGAAGCCAAGUUCAUCACUUUCAGCAUGCUGGUCUUUUGCAGUGUUUGGCUGUCCUUUGUUCCAACCUACCUGAGCACCAAGGGAAAAUACAUGGUAGCUGUGGAAAUCUUCUCCAUCUUGGCCUCCAGUGUUGGGUUGCUAGGCUGCAUCUUUUCUCCAAAAUGCUACAUUAUUAUUUUGAGGCCUGAGUUGAACAACAGGGAACAGCUAAAACGAAGAAAUAAUUGA